UAAGGAAGUUCUUGCUUAUAAUCGUCUCAGGAAUGGAACUUGGAAUCCACAUAAUUUUGCUAUGGGUGGUUAUUCAGAUGAGUAUCAACCCCAAUACCACCAGGGCGAAAAUGAACUUGACACUAGAAGUGAUUUUAGGAAUUAUGAUACCGAUAUAAUAUCUGAAUCUAUCGUAUUUUACCCUACUCAUGAUCAUUUAACUAAUUAUUUCUCUAUUCAAAAGGACGAGAGUUGUGUUAGAGACGUCAUUUAUUCAGAUAAUGAUGAUUUAGAAGAACAUAUUUAUACAGAAGAUACUAUUGUUGAGUCUAACGACUUUAAGACAAUAGACGUUCAUCAUGAGAUACCUUCUAGUAAUUGGAAUAGUGAGAUUCUAGUUGCAGAUAAUGAUGAGUCGAUUCAUGAUAUUGUUGUCCCGUUGAGCUCCUCUUUCGCUGAUCCAUCUUGUGAUUUUAUGAAUGCAGAUGUGAAUGUUGAACAUAUUAAUAUUGGUCAGAUAACUUGUACCGAUGAUUUUGAGCCUUUAUCUGUUUGUUUAGCACACUUUGCUGAUUCGGAGGACCCGAUGCUUAUUGAUAUUGUCAAUGCAUUGCGACUUCCAAUAGUUAAUCAAGUGUUUGCAGGUUCAUAUUUACAGCUGACCUGAUUCAUUGGAUUGAUCCCCAACUUUUC